AGAAAUUACUUUGUAAAAAUUUGUAUUUAAUAAACAUUUCCUCCAAACAUAAACCCGAGCUUUCUUUCUUCUAGGGCUCUCGAAUUUCUCUAGACCUACACACUUCAUUUCGCAACACAACAUAACAUAACUGCAGGGUUUUGAACUUUCUCUUCCCACUCUCUCUCUCUCUCACACAUCACAGUUCAUCGCAGCCACCGUAAAUCGAAGAACACAGAAAAAUGGUAGGUUUCAACACUCAACCCUACGGAAUGCAAUCCAUGCUCAAAGAAGGUCACAAACAUCUCUCCGGUCUCGAUGAAGCCGUUCUCAAAAACAUUGACGCCUGUAACCAACUCUCCACCAUCACUCGCACUUCCCUCGGUCCCAAUGGGAUGAAUAAGAUGGUUAUAAAUCAUCUGGACAAGCUUUUUAUCACAAAUGAUGCUGCUACAAUUGUAAAUGAACUUGAAGUUCAACAUCCUGCUGCUAAGAUUUUGGUUUUGGCUGGGAAAGCUCAACAAGAGGAAAUUGGUGAUGGUGCUAAUUUAACUAUUUCUUUUGCCGGCGAGUUGCUUCAUGGUGCCGAGGAGCUUAUUAGGAUGGGUUUGCAUCCUAGUGAGAUUAUUAGUGGGUAUACCAAAGCCACUGCUAAGACUAUUGAAGUAUUGGACACACUUGUCGAGGAAGGUUCAGACAAUAUGGAUGUCCGUAAUAAGGAGCAAGUUAUUUCUCGAAUGAAAGCUGCUGUUGCUAGCAAGCAAUUUGGUCAAGAAGAUACUAUAUGCUCCCUUGUUGCUGACGCAUGCAUCCAAGUGUGCCCAAAAAACCCUGUAAACUUUAAUGUGGACAAUAUUCGUGUUGCAAAGCUCUUGGGAGGAGGCUUACGUAAUAGUACAGUUGUUCGGGGAAUGGUUCUGAAAAGUGAUGCUGUUGGCAGUAUAAAGAGAAUGGAAAACGCAAAGGUUGCUGUGUUUGCUGGUGGUGUUGAUACAUCUGCAACUGAAACUAAAGGAACCGUUCUCAUACAUUCAGCUGAGCAGCUAGAAAAUUAUUCAAAAACUGAAGAGGCUAAAGUAGAGGAGCUCAUCAAGGCAGUAGUUGAUUCUGGUGCCAAAGUGAUUGUAAGUGGAGGGGCAGUAGGAGAGAUGGCUUUGCAUUUUUGUGAGCGUUAUAAGCUUAUGGUUCUGAAAAUCAGUUCAAAGUUUGAACUGCGUCGAUUUUGCCGUACAACCGGUGCUGUUGCUAUGCUGAAGCUUAGUCAACCAAACCCAGACGACCUUGGAUAUGUCGAUUCUAUUUCAGUAGAGGAAAUUGGUGGUGCAAGGGUGACCAUUGUUAGAAAUGAAGAAGGUGGCAAUUCUGUAGCAACUGUUGUCUUAAGAGGAAGUACUGAUAGUAUACUUGAUGAUAUUGAAAGAGCAGUUGAUGAUGGAGUGAACACUUACAAGGCCAUGUGCAGGGAUAGCCGUAUUGUGCCUGGAGCUGCGGCAACUGAAAUUGAGCUAGCCAAGAGGGUGAAAGAAUUUUCUUACAAGGAGACAGGAUUGGAUCAGUAUGCUAUAGCAAAAUUUGCUGAAAGUUUUGAGAUGAUUCCGCGUACAUUGGCUGAGAAUGCUGGGCUAAAUGCAAUGGAGAUAAUUUCUUCUCUAUACGCAGAACAUGCAUCAGGAAACACUAAAGUUGGCAUUGAUUUGGAAGAGGGUGUUUGUAAGGAUGUCACAACCACACAUGUUUGGGAUCUCCACGUGACCAAGCUCUUUGCUCUUAAAUAUGCUGCUGAUGCUGCAUGCACUGUGCUACGGGUGGAUCAGAUUAUUAUGGCGAAACCGGCUGGGGGGCCUGGCAGGAGAGAGCAACCUGCUGGCAUGGACGAAGACUAAACUAGAACGGAGUCUUGAUAUGGUCAUGUUUGUAUCUCAACAUGAUGUCCUACUUACACUUGGUAACUUGGUUUUGGCGUCUAGUUUUUCAUCAAGUAAUAUGAGAUUUUAACAAAUUUUGAAUUUUGAUUUUAUUACAUGGAAUAUAAGGGAUGUGAUAUGUAAAUUUAAUGUUAGUCCUCUUUUUAGAAUGCUUGUGUUCUUUUGAUGUGAGCUUUUUUACCCUUAACUUUUUUGGGCUUAUUAUUUUAGUGUUACGAUUAAUUUUUCUUGUAUGCCAUGCCAUGCAUGUACUAUAGUGUCAAAACUCUGUAUCAAACAUAGUGGUAUUGUAAUUUUUAUCAACUGCUCUUUAUAAUUAAAUGAAAUCACCCUAUUUGAGUUU